AUGGGGAAGAGCCGCGAGAUGCGCCUGACUCACAUCUGCUGCUGCUGCCUCCUUUACCAGCUGGGGGUCUUGUCGAAUGGGAUCGUUUCAGGGCUGCAGUUCGCCCCCGACCGCGAGGAGUGGGAAGUCGUGUUUCCUGCACUCUGGCGCCGGGAGCCGGUGGACGCGGCCGGGGGCAGUGGGGGCAGCGCCGACCCGGGCUGGGCGCGCGGCGCUGUGGGCGGCGGAGGCGCCCGGGCGCAGGCGGCCGGCAGCUCACGCGAGGUGCGCUCGGUGGCCCCGGCGCCGCCGGAGGAGCCCACGGAAGGCCGGUCCGAGCCCCGGCCCCGGCCCCGGCCCCGGCCCCCGCCGCCGCCGCCGCCGCCGCCGCCGGGGGGCGAGGAGGACGAGGAGCUCGAGUCGCAGGAGCUGCCGCGGGGAUCCAGCGGGGCGGCCGCGCUGUCCCCGGGCGCCCCGGCCUCGUGGCAGCCGCCGCCACCCCCACAGCCGCCCCCGUCUCCGCCCCCGGCCCAGCCAGCCGAGCCGGACGGCGACGAGGUCCUGCUGCGGAUCCCGGCCUUCUCCCGGGACCUGUACCUGCUGCUCCGGAGAGACGGCCGCUUCCUGGCGCCGCGCUUCGCGGUGGAGCAGCGGCCGAGCCCGGGCCCCGGCCCCACGCGCGCAGCCGCCGCCCCGCGCCCGCCCGCGCCACCCGACGCCGCCUGCUUCUACACCGGGGCCGUGCUGCGGCACCCCGGCUCGCUGGCCUCGUUCAGCACCUGCGGAGGUGGCCUGAUGGGAUUUAUACAGCUCAAUGAGGACUUCAUAUUUAUUGAACCGCUCAAUGAUACAAUGGCCAUUACGGGUCACCCACACCGUGUAUAUAGGCAGAAAAGGUCCAUGGAGGAAAAAGUCACAGAGAAAUCAGCUCCUCACAGUCAUUACUGUGGUAUCAUUUCAGAUAAAGGAAGAUCUAGAUCUAAAAAAAUAACAGAAAGUGGAAGAGGGAAACGAUAUUCAUACAAAUUACCUCAAGAAUACAACAUAGAGACUGUAGUGGUUGCAGACCCAGCAAUGGUUUCCUAUCAUGGAGCAGAUGCAGCCAGGAGAUUCAUUCUAACCAUCUUAAAUAUGGUUUUUAACCUUUUCCAACACAAGAGUCUUGGUGUGCAGGUCAAUCUUCGUGUGAUAAAGCUUAUUCUGCUCCAUGAAACUCCAACAGAUCUCUAUAUUGGGCACCAUGGAGAGAAAAUGCUAGAGAGUUUUUGUAAGUGGCAACAUGAAGAAUUUGGCAAAAAGAAUGACAUACAUUUAGAGAUGACAACAAGCUGGGGAGAGGACAUGACUUCAGUGGACGCAGCUAUACUUAUAACAAGGAAAGAUUUCUGUGUACACAAAGAUGAACCAUGUGAUACUGUUGGUAUAGCUUACUUGAGUGGAAUGUGUAGUGAAAAGAGAAAAUGUAUUAUUGCUGAAGAUAAUGGCCUGAAUCUUGCAUUUACAAUUGCUCAUGAAAUGGGUCACAACAUGGGCAUUAAUCAUGACAAUGACCACCCAUCAUGUGCUGAUGGUCUUCAUAUCAUGUCUGGUGAAUGGAUUAAAGGACAAAAUCUUGGUGAUGUUUCAUGGUCCCGGUGUAGCAAGGAAGAUUUGGAAAGAUUUCUAAGGUCAAAGGCCAGUAACUGCUUGCUACAGACAAAUCCCCAAAGUGUCAAUUCCGUGCUGGUUCCCUCCAAGUUGCCAGGGAUGACAUACACUGCCGAUGAGCAAUGUCAGAUUCUCUUUGGGCCAUUGGCUUCCUUUUGUCAAGAGAUGCAGCAUGUUAUUUGCACAGGGUUGUGGUGCAAGGUAGAAGGUGAGAAAGAAUGCAGAACCAAACUAGAUCCACCAAUGGAUGGAACUGACUGUGACGCUGGUAAGUGGUGUAAGGCUGGAGAAUGUACCAGCAGGACCCCAGCAACUGGACAUGUGGCCGGAGAGUGGAGCGUGUGGAGUCCCUGUAGCCGAACCUGCAGUUCUGGGAUCAGCAGUCGAGAGCGCAAAUGUCCUGGGCUAGGUUCUGAAGCAAGGGAUUGUAAUGGUCCCAGAAAACAAUACAGAAUAUGUGAGAAUCCACCUUGUCCUGCAGGUUUGCCUGGAUUCAGAGACUGGCAAUGUCAGGCCUAUAGUGUUAGAACUUCGUACCCAAAGCAUGUACUUCAGUGGCAAGCUGUCAUGGAUGAAGAAAAACCCUGUGCCUUGUUUUGCUCUCCUGUUGGAAAAGAACAGCCUAUUCUUCUAUCAGAAAAAGUGAUGGAUGGAACUUCUUGUGGAUAUCAGGGAUUAGAUAUCUGUGCAAAUGGCAGGUGUCAGAAAGUUGGCUGUGAUGGUUUAUUAGGGUCUCUUGCAAGGGAAGAUCAUUGUGGUGUAUGCAAUGGCAAUGGAAAAUCAUGCAAAAUCAUUAAAGGAGAUUUUAAUCACACCAGAGGAGCAGGUUAUGUGGAAGUGCUGGUGAUACCUGCUGGGGCAAGAAGAAUCAAAGUUGUGGAGGAGAAGCCAGCACACAGCUAUUUAGCUCUUCGAGACACUGGAAAACAAUCUAUUAAUAGUAACUGGAAGAUUGAACACUCUGGAGCAUUCAACUUAGCCGGAACUACUGUCCAUUAUGUAAGACGAGGCCUCUGGGAGAAGAUCUCUGCCAAAGGUCCCACUACAUCACCUUUACACCUCCUGGUGCUGCUGUUUCAAGACCAGAAUUAUGGUCUUCACUAUGAAUACACUAUCCCAUCAGACCCUCUUCCAGAGAAUCAGAGUUCUAAAGCACCUGAACCCCUUUUCAUGUGGACACACACAGGCUGGGAAGAUUGCGAUGCAACAUGUGGAGGAGGAGAAAGGAAGACAACAGUGUCUUGCACAAAAAUCAUGAACAAAAAUAUCAGCAUUGUGGACAGCAAGAAAUGCAAAUACUUAACCAAGCCAGAGCCACAGAUUCGCAAAUGCAACGAGCAACCAUGCCAAACAAGGUGGAUGAUGACAGAAUGGACCCCCUGUUCACGAACUUGUGGAAAAGGGAUGCAGAGCAGACAAGUGGCCUGUACGCAACAAUUGAGCAAUGGAACUCUGAUUAGAGCCCGAGAGAGGGACUGCACGGGGCCCAAGCCUGCCUCUGCCCAGCGCUGCGAGGGCCAGGACUGCAUGACGGUGUGGGAGGCAGGAGUGUGGUCUGAGUGUUCUGUCAAGUGUGGCAAAGGCGUACGUCAUCGGACUGUGAGGUGUACUAACCCUAGAAAGAAAUGCGUCCUCUCCACCAGACCCAGGGAUGCUGAGGACUGUGAGGAUUACUCGAAAUGCUAUGUUUGGCGAAUGGGUGACUGGUCUAAGUGCUCAAUUACCUGUGGCAAAGGAAUGCAGUCCCGUGUUAUCCAGUGCAUGCACAAGAUUACAGGAAGACAUGGAAAUGAAUGUUUUUCUUCAGAAAAACCUGCAGCAUACAGGCCAUGCCACCUUCAGCCCUGCAACGAGAAGAUUAAUGUAAAUACCAUAACGUCACCCAGGCUGGCUGCUCUGACUUUCAAGUGCCUGGGAGAUCAGUGGCCUGUGUACUGCCGAGUGAUACGUGAGAAGAACCUGUGUCAGGACAUGCGGUGGUAUCAGCGCUGCUGUGAGACGUGCAGGGACUUCUAUGCCCAGAAGCUGCAGCAGAAGAGUUGACCUCU